GUUUUCCAGCCAUGGCACUUCGUCUCUCCUUACGUCUUUAUUCGACUGUUGUGGACCAUUCGAGCUCAUUCCUUCGCAAGCAUCUCCGAGAAUACGGAAUUUGUUCUUCACAGUCGCAUUGGGAAUGUCGAAUUUCAGGAUGGCUUACUAGGACGGCCGCUUAGAACUUUCACGACAUAGUAGUUGACGAUAUGGAAAGAAUUGCUGUACCUGAUGCUCGCCGUUGUCGUUGCGCGUUUCCUGGAUCUGCAACGCAUCGUAUCGCAUAAUCAGCCAUGAGGCUGACGUCAGCGACGCUGCAGUAUGUCCAGUGCGAAGUUUCCUCCACCACGCAGCUUCCCCCCACUUUCCGCUUGUCUCCCGACACGGAUACUAUUCUGAUCGCUGUCGAUCCCAGUCUGGAUCUGCAACUAUUUUGUCUGCCACGUCAGCUCAGCACCCCCAUCUAUCUGUGAUGACGGUUCGUGAAGGAGGCUCGCUUUGCGACUGUAAAUCUGCAUCUUCGCUACAGUAAAAGUGCACACUAGCGUGCUGCGCCGGCAACGUCCAUGUCAUGCAGAUGCAAUCCGUCGACGUGGCACAGACACGUCGGCGUGGUUCCUUCAGCCGAAACCUGCGCCUGGGGGGGAAGGAUAUUAAAUUCCUCCUCGUGACAAUGGCAGCUGCUCUGAUGGCAGUCUCACGAGAAGAUCAUGAUGAUGUUAUGGUCGGAGAGGAGGCGGCUCGCCGCUCUGUUCGGGGAUGGCUUCUUGCCUCUCGUCCUCCGUUCCCUCCCCCUGCUUCCGACGGCCUGGGUCCGCUACAAAUACGCGGCUCUAGAAGCCUUCCGUCAUUCCAGCAAUCGCCAUUCGUCCAGCAACCGCCAUUCGUUUCGAAUCCUCUUAGAACUUCAACGACUCUAACGGCUCGCCAUGGCUGCCGAAGUCGGGGAGGGUAACUGCAUCGGCUAUGCCGCGAGGGACCAGUCGGGAUUCCUCUCGCCCUUCAAGUUCAACCGCAGAGAGGUGGGGCCCAAGGACGUGCGCAUCCGCAUCACGCAUUGCGGCAUCUGCCACAGCGACUUGCACCAAGCCAAGAACGAGUGGGGCGGCUCCCUCUACCCCAUGGUCCCCGGGCACGAGAUCGUGGGGAUGGUGGAGGCGGUGGGGGCGGAGGUGAGCAAGAUAGCGGUGGGGCAAAGAGCGGGCAUCGGGUGCAUGGUGGACUCGUGCCGCAUGUGCCAGGCGUGCAAGGCGCACGUGGAGCAGUUCUGCCCGGGCUGCAUCUACACGUACAACAAGGAGGACCCCAAGUCGCCCACGGGCGAGCCCACGCAGGGCGGCUACUCCUCCUACUAUGUCUGCGACGAGGACUUCGUGCUCUCCAUCCCGGACAAGUUGUCCUCGCAGGAGGCGGCGCCGCUGCUGUGUGCGGGCAUCACGGUGUACUCGCCCAUGGCGUUCUACGGCGCCAACCAGCCGGGCAUGCGGCUGGGCGUGGUGGGGCUGGGCGGGCUGGGCCACAUGGCGGUGAAGUUCGGCAAGGCGUUCGGCAUGGAGGUCACGGUGCUCAGCACGAGCCCCAGCAAGGAGAAGGAGGCCAAAGACGUGCUGGGCGCAGACCAGUUCAUUGUUACCAAGGACGCUGAGUCUAUGGAGGCAGCAGCGGGUUCAUUGGACGCCAUAGUGGACACGGUGUCGGCACAGCAUGAGCUGGGGCCGUACCUGGAUCUGCUCACAUUCAAUGGCAAGAUGAUUCUUAUUGGAAUUCCUCCGGAGCCGUACAAGCUUCACGCCACGCAGCUGCUCAUGGGUCGCAAGACUGUGGCUGGUACUUUGAUUGGAGGGAUUAAGGAGACUCAGGAGAUGUUGGAUUUCAGUGCUGAAAAGGGGGUUGCCCCGAUGAUUGAGGUUAUCGACAUCCAAGACCUUAACAAGGCGUAUGAUAGGCUGGCCAAGAGCAAUGUGAAAUACCGCUUUGUCAUUGACGUUGAAAAGAGCCUUAAGUAGAUAGUGGGAAGAACGUAGGGAUGCAUGUUAUUUGUUUCGAAUUUGGGUAAGUGGGUUUCAGUGUAACAACGGUUUGACGCUAUAUCGGGUUGCA